CCUCAUGCCGGCCACUAAGAACCCAAUCAUCAAAUCAUCUUCAAGUUCCCAUCUUUACAGGCACCAAAAGUCAUAAUAGUUCUAAUCAAGAUUCAAGCCAGACGAGAAGCAAGAAAGAGAUUCAAAGACAGGUUUUUAAUAUCAAACAACAGCAACAACAGCAAGGAAGCAUCAGCAGAAGAAGAAACAGCAUAAAACUUAACUAAACUAAACUUAUCCCAUGUAAGUAUCCGGGUCCCACCAAAGAGUCUUCAGUCUUGUCUUGUUUCUAUCUAACUUCCCAUUGCAACAACAAGUGGAGAUCUACAGGCCCUCUUGAUAGAUUUCAUAAAAAAAAAAUAUAUCCAUCGCUCAAUGAUGAUGCCCAUGGAGGAGAAAGUAGAAGUUGAAUCUGAUGAGGAGAUCCCUUUUAGUGCAUCAGCAACAGGAAAGAAAGUGCACCCUUUUGAUUCUGAGGGAAAUAGUAUUGCCUCACAUGUUGAUAUGUCCAAGUCAUGGAUUUUAAAGAGAAUACAAAUGGGUCCUCUUAGAAGUAUAUACAUUGUUCUAAUUAAAGCCAAGAUUAAUAUGCUGCUUCCUUUUGGUCCCUUAGCAAUACUGCUUCACUAUCUUACUGGAAAGCAUGGAUUGGUCUUCUUGCUCAGCAUGCUGGGUAUCACGCCUUUGGCUGAGCGUUUGGGUUAUGUAACCGAGCAGCUUGCUUUCUACACGGGACCAACAGUUGGUGGGCUUUUAAAUGCAACAUUCGGGAAUGCAACAGAGAUGAUAAUAUCAAUCUAUGCAUUGAAAAGUGGGAUGAUAAGGGUUGUUCAACAAUCUUUGUUGGGCUCGAUCUUGUCGAAUAUGCUCUUGGUUCUUGGAUGUGCUUUCUUCUCUGGUGGGAUUGCCAAUCACCAGAAGGUUCAGGUUUUCAACAAGGCAGCUGCUCUGGUGAAUUCUGGAUUGUUAUUGAUGGCUGUGAUGGGGAUAAUGUUUCCCGCUGUACUUCACUUCACACGCACAGAGGUUCAUUUUGGCAAGUCAGAGUUGGCCCUUUCAAGAUUUAGCAGCUGUAUAAUGCUUAUAGCUUAUGGAAGCUACCUUUUCUUUCAACUUAAAAGUCAGCCUAAUCUCUACAGCCUUGUUGACGAGGGAGGAGUAAAUGAUCAAGAAGAUUCUGAUGAUGAAGAGGCACCUGAAAUAACUCAAUGGGAAACAAUUGGCUGGCUUGCAAUUUUGACUCUGUGGAUUUCUAUAUUGUCGGGGUACCUUGUCGAUGCCAUACAGGGAGCAUCUGACUCAUUGAACAUGCCUGUGGCUUUUAUCAGUGUCAUUCUGCUUCCAAUUGUUGGAAAUGCUGCUGAGCAUGCAAGUGCAAUCAUGUUCGCCAUGAAGGAUAAGCUUGACAUCACAAUUGGAGUUGCAAUUGGAUCGUCUACACAGAUUUCAAUGUUUGUGAUUCCCUUCUGCGUUGUUGUUGGAUGGUGUAUGGGACAACCAAUGGACUUGAAUUUUCAACUCUUUGAAACUGCUACGCUCUUCAUCUCUGUGCUAGUGGUGGCAUUUAUGUUGCAGGAUGGAACAUCAAACUAUUUCAAGGGUUUCAUGCUUAUUCUAUGCUACCUCAUAGUCGCAGCAAGUUUCUUUGUACAUGUUGACCAUGAUAAGGGUACAGACAAUAACUAGAGAUCCAUUGAUCCGGAUGGCAUUGGUUUUGAGCAAGAUAUUGCCCAGAAAGCUUGCGGCUGCUCAAUACAAAUACCUCCUGCGUGAAGCUGGAAAGUUCCUAGGCUUUCACAUAUCCAGUUAGCAAUCAAGGAGAACUGGGCUUUAGUUUAUGUUUUUGCCAUUCCCAUUCUUUGGCAACUACAUCCCACAUUUCUGCACAGAAUUUUGGGAAUCCUGUUAGCCAAUCUUGAGUUAAUUUAUUUUGUCUUGAUGUUAUUUUUCUCUUAGUUGGGCUAUGCUUUCUCCACAGCAGAGAGCAAUAUAUAGAUGGUGGAACCGUUGUAACCUUUUCUGCCUUCACCUAUAUGACAAAAACUGUAAUAUAGUGGUUUUGAUCCUUGUUAAUGGAUAUUCUGAGAUUCAUUUCUGGCUAA